AAAAUCACCUCACCUCUGCUGAGGUUUUGCCUCAACAUCUGGAUUUUUCCAUCAUUACAUGGACAGUUUACUAAUAGGUUAUUAGUCGGUGACAUAGAGGAUAUAAAGGACACUCAGUUCUUUCUAAAGGAAUCCAGCUUCGCCUGAGGUGUAUCCUGUACUGAAGCACUGAUGAUGGGUCUGUGGGCCAGAGCAACAGCUCUGUCUCUGCUGCUGCAACAGCUGGUGCUCACUGUCACAGCACAAGGCAUCGUCUAUGACCUGCUGGUGUCUCCAGACUGCCUGCCUGACUUACUCCAAGGGAGUCUGAAGAACAAAGGGCGAGAUGAGGCUUUCUUCCUCACCUCCUUCAGGCUCCACAACAAGGCCCCCACCUCUCUCUUCAGUGUCAUCAACCCUCAAGACAACACCAAAUAUCUGGAGCUGAGUGUGCAGGCUAAACCGAGCAAAGUGUUUUUCGCUCCAUCUAUAGUGAGCAUCCGUUACCAGAAGACUGACGGCAGAUUCAGCACAACCAGUUUUGAAUACCCCUCCCUUGCAAAUGGCCGGGAUCACCAUGUGAUGCUGCAUGCCAGCGGUCUGCAGCGCGGCCCUCCUCGCCUUCAAAUCUACAUAGACUGCAAACUGGCACACACUUUGGAUGAUCUGCCGGCUGCGUUUGGGUCCAUCCCACCAGGUCCCAACAAGGUGGCACUAAGAACCAUGCAGAUGAGGGGACAGGAUGAGCUGACAGACUUGAAACUGGUUAUUGAAGACACCAUAGACAAUGUGGCCACUCUGCAGGACUGUUCAAUGGAUCACAGUUCAUCUCGAGCUUCUGCCAGAGAGGCUCUGCAGCUGCUGGGUAUCCAGGGCGGCAGCAUGGCACAGGACCAGGUCACCAUGCAGGAGCUGAAGAGCAUGUUAGCUGAAAUGAAGCAGUUACUCAACCAGCAGAUAAAGGAGACAAAUUUUCUGAAGAACACCAUCACAGAGUGUCUUCCUUGUGCAGGUCUAGGGGGCAGUCCAACCAACACAGGUCCAGCUCCAACUCCAGGGCAGUUUGUCAUGCAGCCUCAGCAUCUGACUAAAUGCCCACUGGGUACCUGUUUCACACAGAGCAUGUGCAUCCCUACAGGCUCUGGGGAUUUCCAGUGUGCUCCCUGUCCAGAUGGAUAUACAGGAGAUGGGGUGUACUGUGAUGAUGUGGAUGAGUGUCAGUUUGGGCCGUGUUUCCCUGGUGUGCAGUGUAUAAACACUGCUCCUGGUUUCCGCUGUGCGCAGUGUCCUAUGGGAUACACUGGACCAGAGUUAAAUGGAGUGGGAGUGACUUAUGCGAAGACGCACAAACAGGUGUGUGAAGAUAUUGAUGAGUGUCUUGGCCCACCUGAGAAUGGAGGUUGUACUGCUAACUCACACUGCCACAACACCAUGGGCUCUUUCCGAUGUGGAGAUUGCAAAACCGGAUUUAUAGGCGACCAGGUGAGCGGCUGCCAAGGAACCAGGCUUUGCCCCAAUGGUCAACCAAACCCCUGUGACAUCAACGGAGAGUGUGUGGUGGAGAGAGACGGCAGCAUUAGCUGCAGGUGUGGUGUUGGUUGGGCAGGUAAUGGCUAUGUGUGUGGAAAGGACACUGAUAUUGACGCAUAUCCGGACAUUAAUUUGAAGUGCAGAGACAACAACUGUGUGCAGGAUAACUGUGUGUUUGUUCCAAACUCUGGUCAAGAGGAUGCAGACAGAGACGGGCUGGGGGACUCCUGUGAUGAUGAUGCAGACAGUGAUGGCAUCAUUAACAUAGACGACAACUGCUGGCUUGUUCCUAAUGUGGACCAAAAGAACAGCGACAAGGAUCUCCAUGGUGAUGCCUGUGACAACUGCAGAACAAUUGAAAAUCCCACUCAAAGGGACACCGAUAAAGAUGGGCUUGGAGAUGAGUGUGAUGAUGAUAUGGAUGGAGAUGGUUUGAAGAAUAUUCUUGAUAACUGCCAGGGAGUUCCUAACCCGAACCAGGAAGACAAAGACAAGGAUGGAGUAGGAGAUGCCUGUGACAGCUGUCCUGACAUGUUCAACCCUAACCAGUCUGACUCAGAUGAUGAUCUUGUAGGAGAUACAUGUGACAACAACAUUGACAGUGACGGUGACGGCCACCAGGACUCAAAGGACAACUGUCCCUCAGUCAUCAACUCCUCUCAGCUGGACACAGACAAGGAUGGGAUGGGAGAUGAUUGUGACGAUGAUGACGAUAACGAUGGCAUACUGGAUGAUGAAGACAACUGUAGAUUGGUCCCCAACCUGGACCAGAGGGACACAGAUGGAAACAAUGUUGGAGACGCCUGUGAAGGAGAUUUUGACAAAGAUGACGUCAUUGACAUAAUUGACCACUGCCCAGAGAAUGCUGAAGUCACCCUUACCGACUUCAGAGCCUAUCAGACUGUAGUGCUGGACCCAGAGGGAGACUCUCAGAUCGACCCCAACUGGGUGGUCCUGAAUCAGGGCAUGGAGAUAGUUCAGACCAUGAACUCUGACCCCGGUCUUGCAGUUGGCUACACAGCGUUCAGCGGGGUUGACUUCGAGGGUACCUUCCAUGUAAACACAGUGACUGAUGAUGACUAUGCUGGCUUCAUCUUUGGCUACCAAGACUCCUCCUCCUUCUACGUGGUGAUGUGGAAACAGACAGAACAGACCUACUGGCAGGCUGCGCCCUUCAGAGCAGUCGCUGAUCCUGGAAUACAACUCAAGGCUGUGAAGUCUAAGACAGGUCCUGGUGAGUACCUGAGGAACUCCCUCUGGCACACAGGUGACACCCAAGACCAGGUCCGUCUCUUGUGGAAGGACCCAAGAAAUGUGGGCUGGAAGGAUAAGGUCUCCUACCGCUGGUUCCUCCAGCACAGACCACAGGUUGGAUAUAUCAGGGCUCGCUUCUUUGAAGGAUCAGACCUGGUGGCAGACACAGGGGCCAUUAUCGACACCAGCAUGAGAGGAGGGAGACUGGGCGUGUUCUGCUUCUCACAGGAGAAUAUAAUCUGGUCAAAUCUGAAGUACAGAUGUAACGACACCAUUCCUUUAGACUAUGAAGAUCUCAACGCACAAAACACAGACUGAAGCAGAAGGAAGAGGCUUGUCUGAGCAUGGAAAAGAGCAUAGCUGAGGACAAUGGAUGAACACACAGAGAUAAAUAUGAGGGAGCAUAAACAGAAACUCUUUGAUGAUAGCAUUUCAAAUCUGUCAUUUGUGUAUGAGGAUCUUAAGAGAGCACUACCUGGGGCAUUAUAUACUUUUAUUCAGUUCAGGUGGAGCCAGUACAUUCCUGUUAAGGUCUGUGUAUGUCUCUGGAAUAUCACCUGUGAUCUGUCACCAUUCUGAGUACUAUUAAUGUUGAUGUACUUGUCUUUGAAUAUAAAGUAAGUCCAAUAAAAUGUUGAGCAUUUCACAAAAACAAA